GGGCGUACAAGAGACUUGGAGGUUUCCGAGUGUGGGUCCACGGUGCAGAUGAAAAAUAAUGAAUUGUAUUUCCAAGGUUCUCGUGAUACAAACCCAGACAAUAAAUGUAGUAACUGCAUAAUUAAAACCAAACGCAUGAGCCUUUUAAAACGGAGUAUUAUCCAGCUUACUGUGAACAACGGCCCAGAAGACUGCUUGCCCUUCCAAGCUUGAAUAAGUUACAGAUGUUGGCAAACUAUCAUCUUUGAUUUCAUCACAAACUGUGAAUGAUUGCCACUGGCACCAUCGCUUCCCAAGACACUGUCUCGGGCUACCAUAUCGUUGCAACCUCUGCUUUCUGUGCUGGGAUCCCUCUUGCACAUCUCAACAUCUUUUGCACCGAUAGCAGCUUGGUCUGGAUUGGAAUAUGCCAUCUGAAAUGUGCCUCAGCAUUCAAGAAAUGCUAACGGGUCACAGGCUCUGCCAAUCAAAGUCUCAUAAGGAUGCUGUUCUGGCAGCUCUGAAUCAGCAGAGGAUAGAUGGGAUACUCUGUGAUGUCAUUCUGGUUGCUGAGGAUCAAAAAUUCCAUGCCCACAAGGCAGUGCUGGCGGCAUGCAGUGAUUAUUUCCGAGCCAUGUUUAGUCUCUGUAUGGUGGAGAGUGUUGCUGAGGAAGUGAGCUUGCAUGGAGUGACCAGCCUGGGUUUGAAACAAGCUCUGGAUUUUGCAUAUACAGGAAAGAUCUUACUGGAGCCAGGUGUAGUCCAAGAUGUGCUUGCAGCAGGAAGCCACCUUCAAUUAUUGGAGCUCCUGAAACUCUGUUCUCACUAUCUAAUCCAGGAGCUGACAAGUUUUAAUUAUUUGGAUUUAUAUAAACUUGCUGACCUAUUUAACCUUACACUGCUGGAGGAAGCUGUGGUGAAUUUCCUGGUCAAACACCUUUCCGAACUAUUGAAGAACCACCCAGAUAAGGUCAUGGCUCUCCCUUACAGGCUGCUUCGAGAGGUUUUAAAGAGUGACCGUCUGACGUCACUGAGUGAGGAGCAGAUAUGGCAGCUGGCAGUGAGGUGGCUGGAACAUGGCUGUCGGUAUCAGUACAUGGAUGAACUCUUACAAUACAUACGCUUUGGUCUAAUGGAUGUUGAUACACUUCAUGCAGUGGCCCUGUCUCACCCUCUGGUUCAAGCCAGUGAAACAGCCACAGCUUUCAUUAAUGAGUCAUUGGAGUACCACCAGAGUAUCUAUGCACAGCCUAUCUGGCAAACUAUCAGGACACGGCCUCGUUUCCAGUCACAAACCCUUUACAUCGUAGGUGGGAAGAAACGUGAGAUUUGCAAAGUGAGAGACUUGCGGUAUUUUAACCCGGUGAACCAGGAGAACGUUCACAUAGCAGGGGUUUCAAACUGGAGUGAGUUAUCCCCAAUGCCUGUAGGAAGAAGUCAUCACUGUGUGGCUGUCAUGGGAGACUUCCUUUUUGUGGCAGGUGGAGAGGUGGAACAUGCGACAGGCCGCACUUGUGCAGUAAGGACUGCAUGUCGUUAUGACCCUCGCAGCAACACCUGGACAGAGAUAGCUCCUAUGAAAAACUGCCGGGAGCAUUUUGUGCUUGGCACCUUGGAUGAAUACUUGUAUGCAGUGGGUGGAAGAAAUGAACUACGACAGGUUCUGCCCACAGUGGAGAGGUACUGUACAAAGAAGAACAAGUGGUCUUUUGUACAGUCAUUUGAUAGAUCACUGUCCUGCCAUGCAGGAUGUAUGGCUGAUGGGCUUCUUUGGAUAUCGGGUGGAGUGACCAACACAGCUCAGUACCAGAACAGACUUAUGGUGUAUGAUCCGAGCCAGAAUAAAUGGAUCAGCCGCAGUCCUAUGUUACAGAGGCGAGUCUAUCAUGUUAUGGCAGCUGUCAAUAGAAAACUCUACGUACUUGGUGGAAAUGACUUGGACUAUAACAAUGAUCGGAUUUUGGUUCGACAGAUUGACUGCUAUAACAUAGACACUGACCAGUGGGUACGCUGCCAGUUCAACUUGCUCACAGGUCAAAAUGAGUCAGGUGUAGCAGUGCACAAUGAAAGAAUAUACCUAGUUGGCGGGUAUUCAAUCUGGACCAAUGAGCCAUUAGCUUGUAUCCAGGUUUUGGAUGUAAGUACCGAAGGUAAAGAAGAGGUAUUUUAUGGGCCAACACUACCAUUUGCAUCCAAUGGAAUAGCAGGAUGUUUUCUUCCAGCCCCUUAUUUUACAUGCCCUAAUCUUCAGACGCUGCAAGUGCCUCAUCACAGGAUUGGUGCUGUGUGAGAUAAUAGAGUUUAAGUUUUCAAUCCACAUGCAUUAUUUAAUGGAUAAGGCUAUACGUGGCAUCAACACUGGUUCCAAUAUUUUCUCCGGUUUGUAUGCACAGAGCAAAGCCUACAUUUGCUUGCGACACACUCCAGUCAAGACAAACAAACAGAUCAUCUGCCCUUCCUUGAAUGCAUGCUAUAAUAACUGAAAUUCCCUGAAAGAAUAGCCAUUUUAUAUAGAUAGCACUGUACUGCUACUGCUGAAAGCAAUCAAGAUUUGUUCAUACUUUCAGGAGAACAGAGCAAGUCCCAGUUUAAUUUGAAGGAAAUUAUUGAAUCCUGUCAACUAAGGCUACCAUUGAAUCUGAUGUUAUACAUGAGUUUCUAAGUUUCCAAAAUUGCUCAGUUUACUUUUUUCAUAUUUUUGUGAAGAACAGAUUACCAACUUGCAGUCAAGGCCUUUAGAUAUAUAUUUCUAUAAAUUUCUGAACUUACUCCUUUUUUAACUGUACAGUCAAUUUAUGAAUAGCAUCUUCCCCAUUUUGUGUCAAAGUAUUCAGUGGUUUACCUCAUUUCCCAACCAGCAGACUGAGGUUUCCUCACUAAACAGUAAAGAGUGCUACUUGGAAGUGAAUGUUUAACCUGUUCUGAUGGCAGUCUUCCAAGGGAGACAAUCUUAGAAAUCACUUUGCUCACCUGCUAUUAUCACCUGCAGAAGAAGUUUUUUUUUUCCAUUCUGAUAUACAUGUUCUAACAUCAGUUUAAAAUUUCACCAGUUCUUUCCUGGCACCAUGUAUUUUCAGGAAAUUAUCGCAAAAAUCGAGAACAGAUUCUCGUCAGUUGAUUCAUUUCAGUUAUUAAGAACUUCUUGCAGAUUUGAAUAAGGGUUUGGAGGAGGUAUGUUAAACCUAUCGGUGUCCUUGACCCAUCAGAAAUAAUGCAACUGAAUAUUGUUGUAUGUUUCUGGUUGCCAAAGCUGUGCAGCCAGCAGAGCGCAAAUGAUCAGGGUCCAGAGCACUUACAGUACAGCAUGUGAUCUUCUGACCAGGUUGGGUAGAGUAUAUAAGGAGUCCAUUUUAACACUGCCAGAUUAGUAAUAAGGCAAAAAUCAGCACUGGCUGGUUUUUACAUUUAUAGUACCUGCAAUCAUUUCACAGAAUUAUAACAGCAACAUAGGUAAGAGGUAGACUGGCAGUGUUUUAGCUUGACACAUUUCUGAAAAGUGGCCUUUGCUAGGAUCUGUGAGGCAUGAAAUUUGGGAGUGUGGGGAGAUGAGUCCUUCACUGCUGGAGGUGUUUUCCCAACUCUUUGACAGCAAGAUUUAUUUUCUGUAAGUAUAUGCGGUAAAGAGAAUUUUAAAGACAUUCCAGAUU